UUUUCCUUAACAUGUGUUCUGCGAGUGGCAGGUUUAGGUGCUAUGUCUACUACUAUUGUAAAAUAUUUAAAAUAGCAAAUAGAACUGUACUCUUUAUUAAAAAUUAAAUGACAAUGCUUGUCGGUCACAAUAUACUGUGUGUUGUAAACCGCAAACACAUGCUUUAAGGGAGACAACUCUCUUUUCCUUAGUCGACUGGGAAAUUUGACGUUUGGCGAGGUUUGCAGAGGUGUUAUAUUUCUCUGCAAUGCUAAGCGAAGAGGAUAAUAUUACAGAGGUGCCGCCUCUCCCACCUCGCGUUGACAGCGUCACAAGGAAUGUGUCUUCACCCCCUGUCGUAAAUGCAGACGUCGGUUUCAAGCAGUACAAGCAAACACACGCGAUGUAUGCCGCAGCAGCCGCCGGCGCUGGUGUCGGACGCCCCCCAGGACCAGGAAGGGCGGGGUGUCCAUUCAAGCCAAGAUCCAUAGCCAGGACGUCUCCCGACCGAUUCUAUGAGUCUCACUCGGGUUCUGCCUACAUUUCACACCUUCUCACACAUGGCUCCGUGGACGACGGAUUCCACCGCAAGAACAUCGUCCUCUCACAGCGACUGCCCCGCUGGAUCUGGUUCCUCAUCGCCCGCUCCCUUGGAAUCAAACUCUCAUCGUCGCGCAACGACCGGCCAAUCUUCGCCACCAUCCUCCACUUCAUCACCGUCACCACAGCGCUGGCCUUCGGCGUGUCCGGAUUCUGGUUCAAGGUCUACGACAUCAAGAGCGAGUUCUCCAGGACGACCGUCCUCAUUGGCUGCGUCUCCAUUCUCAUAGGGUUUGCAUGGAUGCUGUUCGGGAUCUAUGCUCACAGACUUGCCGGGACGCUGUUCAGCAACAAGAACUUUGCGGAGGCCGUGCGGAUGCACUCGAAGACGUUUAUGAAGGUCAGCAUCGCCCUGAUCCUGAUGGUGCUGAGCUUCCUCGUGGUUGCCAUCAACUUGUUCGGUAGUUUCAAUCUUAUGUACGAUGCGUCCUGCACCAAUAUCCAGCUGUCGCCUGUGGUGUGUCACAUGAUGUACAUCUCGCGGGCCGUGUAUGCCUUCUUCUGCGUUCUCUGGAAUCUCCUGGUAGUAUUCAUUCUUCUUUCCGUCUGCAGAACGCAUACCAUUGGUAUUCGGCGGUUCAUGAGAGAGUUGGCGGUGGAUGCCCAGAUGUUUGAGAAGUACUGGAUGGAAAACCUGCUCAGUGUUGACUCCACCCCUCAAACUGAACACAGCCAGCCCACCUCUGAUGACUGGUACAUAUGGGAUGACAAAGUCAAUGACAGUGAGGAAAACGACGAAGUGACAUCGCAGAACGUAUUUCUCGAAUCCGUCUCGGACAGAACAGAUCUACAAACACCGUCGGACGUUCUGUCAUCACAGAGACCAGCGGAGAGAGUUUCUCCGGAGAAGUCGCAUCGAGCGAAAGAUUCAUCAGGUGACGCAGAUCAAGAAGACGAUGAAGAGAAGUUGAAGCAGUCAGGGGAGAUGGCAGGUGAUGAGGAACCAGGUGCUGAUGAUGACAAACGCCAAGAAUCAUGGGAUGGAUCGCUGAUUCUGACCAAUGAUGAGCUCUUAUUUUCAUACUGGAAAAUAUAUUCUCGCCUGUCCAUCACGUCGCGUCACCUCCAGCGCUGGCUGUUCAGCCUGAUUGCCUUUAUCCUCAUCUGGUGCGCGGAUUACAUCAUCUACUGGACGAGUCACGGUGCAACGCUCAUGGGCAUCCUCGAGUUCAUUGUCCCGCUCGUUAUCCUGUUGAUCAUCAGCUCCGCCUACGCAGAGGUCAAUGCCGAAGGUCAAAGGAUGCUCAAGUUUUAUUCCAGUGUAUUUGCCCCAUGGAAGAGAGACUGUCCGUUCUGUUCUUCUUAAAUCAGCAGCCUCUUCAGAUGCAGGUCUACGGAUUCGCAAUCAGCUACAACGCCAUCACAACGGUAAUCCUGGCCUUCUCGGUGGCCUUCGCAUCUCGAAUUGUACUCGAUGAAGUGCUUAACUGAAAAACAACAACAGCCAUCGAGGAAUAUUCAGAGAAAUAAAAGAACAGAAAUGGCAGAUCAAAAUAACGAUCAUACUUUCCAAGUCAAAAUUGUUUUCACAUUCCAGUUAUCGAAUCAAACAAGAUGUAUUUACUAUGUAUUUGUUAACUGCAGGUGAAAUGAAUACGGUUUUCUAUUUUUAUGGAAAUUGUUUCUGCCCUGUACCACAUAUAACAUGCAGACCUGACAACUGUUUUGAGAUAAUCUGCUACAUCCACUUGAUGUUGGUUAAGCUGCUGCUCAUACAAAUAUUGAACUAAAUGUCUUUUUUUACUGUUAAUUUAAACAUAAUCUGCGAUAUUCAGUGGAUGUUUGUUAAGCUGCUGCUCAUACAAAUAUUGAUCUAAAUGUCUUUUUUUUACUGUUAAUUUAAACAUAAUCUGCGAUAUUCAGUUGAUGUUUGUUAAGCUGCUGCUCAUACAAAUAUUGAUCUAAAUGUCUUUUUUUUACUGUUAAUUUAAACAUAAUCUGCGAUAUUCAGUUGAUGUUUGUUAAGCUGCUGCUCAUACAAAUAUUGAACUAAAUGUCUUUUUUUACUAUUAAUUUAAACAUAAUCUGCGAUAUUCAGUUGAUGUUUGUUAAGCUGCUGCUCAUACAAAUAUUGAACUAAAUAUUUAGUUUUACUGUUAAUUUCAGCAGAAUCUGCGAUAUUCAGUUGAUGUUUGUUUAGCUGCUGCUGGAACAAAUAUUGCACUAAAUGUGUUUUUUGGGUUUUUUUACUGUGGUUUCCAGGGUAAUCUGCAAUAUUCAUUUAAUAUUUAUUACGCUGCUACAAAAAUGCUCUAAAUGUGGUUGUUUUUUACUGCUGUUUUCAGAGUAAUCUGCUGUAUUCAGUUGAUACUUGUACAAAAAUUGCAAUGUUCAGUAUAAAAAGUAUAAUACUC